UGGAGACUCAGUCUAAUGAUUGGAUUUGUAUGACAGGAGUGGCGAAGAACUUCCAUAUGAUCUGCAUUUUGGAUGAGUUCGUCAAACUCACCGAUAGGGAGAUCACGUCGAAGACCAUAUGGAACCGAUUGGAGACGAUGUACGACAUGGAGACUCUCCACGACAACGAAGACAUGCCGUUCCCUAACAUAACCUCUCCUUUCAAUAUCGAAGACAAUCCAGAAUUCAGUGAAUUGUUUGCGAAGAGAAACACAAACAAUGGGAAGACAUCUGAGAAGGACUUAGACGUGAAGGAAGAGAUGGAAGUGACCAUCAAUUCGACGAAAAGCGGACCAAAAGGUAAAACUCAAGACUCGACUAAAAGUAAUUCCAAAGUGAAGACCGAAAACGAGAAGAAUUCGUCGAAAUGCGAGCGAAAGGAAGAGUCGACCAAACAGUCGGACAAAAGCGAUGACAACACCGAAGACAAGACUCCAAGAGUGAAGAAACAGGUCUCCAAACAGACCACUGAAUUGAGAUCAUCGACUCACUCGACCCCUUCGAGUGCCGNACCACUGAAUUGA